AUGUUCCCAGCUCGGAUCAUCCACCCCAAUGUCCAGAUCAAUGAUAUAAGCGGACAAUUUCGCAACGCUGCUUCAACGCUGCAGCCAGGCAAAUUGGUCAAGGAUGAGCACUUCACGCUCUUCGAGGCCGUCAGUGCCUUGGAGAUUGGAGACCCUAAGAUGGACAGUGGCUCGGUCGCGUUUGAUCCAGACAAUGAAAUCGAAUUCGACUUUUCAACCACCAUCUCUCCUGAAGAGACCAUAUGGCUGAUGGAUGAGCUGUUAUGUCGGGAGGUCGCGUGGCAUAAGGGCUAUCCGCUCUCCCAGACCCUCUUCACAUCCGUACAUAUUGAUCGUCUGCUGUGGCCGGAGCCGAAGCGACUAUCUGACGCACGAUUCCUUCGAGAAACGCCUGUUACUACCGGUCCACCUUCGCUACUUGAGGAUGUCUUUCGACCCUAUUGCCUCGCACUCGUGAAAGCUUGUGAUCUUGUGCUUGGAAUGGUCAUGAGUCAGCAUUACUAUGAAGAGGAAGACUUUGCAUCGCAGAUCUUCAACAGACCACUGUUGCACACUUUCUCCCCCGACGAAAUUCUAAGCGAGCUACAAAUUGCUCAAGCCCGGCUGAGCCAGAGUGACCUACCUACCGAACCCAAAGAAGCCCUCGUGGAUAGGUUGAGCGUGCGAAGCUCCUUUCUCAAACUCCUCAACACUUGUUCAGCAGGUGAUAGGCCUGAAGAAUCACUGCACGAUGAGUGCAUCGCUUUCCUCGACCGAAUUGAAGCCACCACGAACCUAGGUCACGCAGUCCCCACGGAGGCUUUCACUCUUAAAAUCCAGCGCAAACUUGCAAGCAGCGUCCCUCCUCGGCCAAUGAUCGCGAUUGAACGGCCCAAAGCAUUCCCCUUCUUCCGUCAACUCAUUACCGACACCAUUACAGCAUUCCAACUCCUCGACGUCUCGUUCAGUGCUGACCUGCUCGUCGCAUAUCAACAAUUCACAGCCCAAGAACGUCAACCAGCCGUCUACGUACGUGCCCUUCUCCAAGCCUUCUUGUACCUGAACAACCAUGUCCUAGGCCGCUACAGCCCGAAGGACUUCAUCCUGCAGGACAUGCGCAUCCUUGUUCUACCCACCCACCGCCUCCUCUGCAGCAGCGGGCAGGACGAUGAGAUCUUCACUGAUGCCCAAUUCAACGUUGUCUCGCACUUCGACAUGUUCAUUGACCGUACCGCCGAGUCCUUCCUCAACCUCUUCCGCACAGUCUGCCUCAAUCGACCCCGUGUCCGACGCACAAUAUGCCAUGCCGCACAGGAAUGGGACCAGAUCCAAGCCGAAGCCGAAGAUCUCGACACCCUCAUUCAGUCCGCCUUCGGCGAGCAGCCGAUCCCCUAUCCCGAUCCGGCAGACGGAGCUAUGACCUUUUCCUAUAGUCUGAGCAGCUGGUUCUAUCACUACAAACUCAUACAACUCCGAACAAUCGUGCAAAUGGGUUUUGAGCUGUCCAUAUACGCGCCGCACGAAUGUCGCAGUAUGUACUGGUACCUCUCCUUCCUAUGCGGCACGCACAUGUCACAUCUCGAACGGAUCAGCUACUUCGUGUCCUCCGCGGCGGCCUCGUCCCAAAGCAGACCAGAUCCUGCACAACAAGCAGUCCAGCGAACCCUCCAUCAUCUCUAUCGACAAUUCACAUUCCUCAAAGCAACCGAAUCCCUAGCCAAGUCUUUGCACAGAAUUUUCGUCAUCCUUGAACGGCACAGCUUAUUGGUCAAGCCAAAUUUCCCAUAUUCUUCCGACAAGAUGCGCUAUGAAUUACGCAUGCGGCCCUUUUUGCCCUUGGCUAUCCCCGAACCCAUAGGCGAGGACGUCGCCAGCCAUGUGUCGUCGUUGGCGGGACUAUCAGAUGAGGAAGUCCUAGAGCAGGCAGCGGCGAUGAAUCAAGUGGCUAGACGGGCGUGGGAGGAAGUCCUGCGAGAACCCUGGCACACGGAACCCCUCGAGCCAGAGCAAUCGGGAACGCCCGGUAGUCUCGGGCAGAACGAGAAAGCCAAAGGAGACGAGGGAAGGACGAAGGUGGUGGAAAGAGAAUGGACGAAAGACGUGCGCAAUAGUAUGAAGUCGUGUAUUGGGACGGGGAUUGCGAUUAGUACGCUCAACAAGGCACUGAAAGAGCGGAAGAUGGGACGCUUGCAGGUCGAGAUGCCGAUUGGUGGUGAGCGUGAUAGAUGGCAUGUAGCAUGGGUGGUGCCGAAGAUUAAGAACUGA